UUGAGCAAAAAGCCAGCAUGCAGAAUUGUGGGGUUUUAUAUAAUGGCUUUAGCAAAUAUCCUUUAGGACCCAGUGGAAAUGUUUGGUGAGGCAAACUUCAUGAGUAAUGGCCAAUCAUUAGGCAGUGGCGAGGGAAGAGCUUUGAGUGAGCAGCCCCUGAAAGCCUGUCAAAAACAUCACGUUGGGAAAGCGCCGUUUCUGCCACCGUUCGCCGACGAACGCGCGACGCUGGAAUUAGGGUUGAUUCAAUGUUUAAACGCGGGGGGACUUGUGCUACAGGAGGUUACUGGAGUGCAGAGCGCCCGGCUCCUGUUUCCAGCAAGAUGCCUUACUAUGCAAAACUUCUAUUAAUCUUUUGCUUAGUUCUUCUCGUGGAAAGCAGAAAGCACAGGAGGAGGAGGUGGACAAGCCAGCUGGAGGUGCAGAGGGCAAGUCACAUCUAUAAGAAGAAUCGUGACAUAACCAAAACGUGGAGGGGAAAGACGGAGCAGCUCCUCAGGGUUGAUGACCAUGACUUCACCAUGCGGCCAGCUUUUGGCGGCCCUGCAAUUCCUGUUGGAGUGGAUGUGCAAGUUGAAAGCUUGGACAGUAUUUCUGAGGUUGACAUGGAUUUCACUAUGACUCUCUACUUAAGGCACUACUGGAAGGAUGAGCGUCUCUCAUUUCCCAGCACCACCAACAAGAGCAUGACCUUCGAUGGCAGGCUGGUGAAGAAGAUCUGGGUUCCUGACGUCUUCUUUGUGCACUCCAAAAGGUCCUUCAUUCACGACACCACCACAGACAACAUCAUGCUGCGAGUGUUCCCUGACGGUCAUGUCCUCUACAGCAUGAGGAUCACAGUGACAGCAAUGUGUAACAUGGACUUCAGCCACUUCCCUCUGGACUCUCAGACGUGUUCUUUGGAGCUGGAGAGCUAUGCUUACACUGAUGAAGAUCUGAUGCUGUAUUGGAAAAAUGGGAAUGAAUCUCUGAAAACUGAUGAAAAGAUUUCUUUGUCUCAGUUUUUGAUACAAAAAUUCCACACUACAUCAAGACUGGCUUUCUACAGUAGUACAGGCUGGUAUAAUCGCCUCUACAUAAACUUCACUUUACGCCGACACAUCUUCUUCUUCUUGCUCCAAACCUACUUUCCUGCCACCCUUAUGGUCAUCUUGUCCUGGGUGUCCUUCUGGAUCGAUCGCCAAGCAGUUCCUGCCAGAGUCUCUUUGGGGAUAACCACCGUGCUGACCAUGUCUACGAUCAUCACUGGGGUGAACGCCUCCAUGCCUCGUGUUUCCUACAUAAAAGCAGUGGACAUUUACCUGUGGGUCAGUUUUGUGUUUGUCUUCCUCUCAGUGCUGGAAUAUGCAGCAGUGAAUUACCUGACUACGGUGCAGGAGCAGAAGGAGAGGAAACCGCGGGACAAGUUUCCAUGUACAUGUGGAAUACCUCAUUCGAAAACUAUGAUGCUGGAUGGAAACUACAGUGAAUCUGAUGCCAACAGCCUGGCAGGAUAUACAAGAAACCAGAUGGUUCCAGAGGAAGAAAAACAAGAAAAGAUUGUUGUGCAUUUAGCUAUGAGCAAUGAAUCUAGUUCAUCAAGGAAGAGAGGCCUGAAGGGCCAUGUGGGCUUGCGCAUCAUCCAGAACACUCACGCGAUUGAUAAAUACUCAAGAUUAAUAUUUCCAGGCACCUAUAUAUUUUUUAAUUUGAUAUAUUGGUCUGUCUUUAGCUAAGCAUGCUGGCACAGCAGUGACUGAAGCAGAAGACAUUUGCAAAACUCCCUUUUGUUGGUUCUUUUUCAGCCUAAUCUGGAUGCAAAACUAGAAAACUGGUUAUUUUAUUGCUUCUUUGGAGGGUAAAGGGGAGGACAUGUCCUCCAGUGGGCAACUUCAUGCACAGGCUUUAUGGAAGACCCUGCUGUGCUGAUUGCUUUCCAACCCACACCUCAGCUCCCAUUUGCUUUACAAUACACGUUGUUUCUCAUACUUGAAAAUAUGUGCUCACCAUUCACCCCAAAGGUGCUGCAUGUUCAUUUGGGGCCAGCCACGCUCAUGGUGCCUGCUGUGCAACGGACAACCAGGGGCAGUGCUCACAUGGUCUGUCAGGGAUUAGACAAAUGCAACUUGCAAGGGGAGGUCUGGACAGUGCAUCUCCUGUAAGGGAACUGAACGAGGCCUUUCCUUUUCAAAACCUCUGCUUUUGAGCAAAUCCUUUUAUUUUUCUUUGUCAUAUGAACAUCAUAUUUCUUUCCAUUGGUUUAUGAAGGAAACCUCCUUUUAGGGUCCAAAUUCUGCUUUCUCUGGAUAGGACCUCCAUCGAUACCAGUUGACUGGCCAGGAUCAACAGGGUUGGUUACAGAGUGCAGGUGGUAUGUUUGCGUUGGUAGUAAUUUUUUUCCAGAUUAGAAGUAAGGAGUGAUGAUGAAGCAGAGUAAAGAAGACCACAAACUCACAUAAUAUGGCUCCCAGUGUACAUGGGUAAGGAAAACAAGGAGGUUUAGGCGUGUGUUCUCCAUAUAGCUUGAGCACAGUACAUGAUAUGUGGCACCUGCCCUCUAAAAUGAGAGAGGAAGCUGAUGUGUAGCACAUACAGUCCAUACAUGGUGAAUGGACAGUGUGUCUGGGACCAUCACUUUCUCUCUCCAGGAGCAGAAAACAGUGUUGAGGGCAGCACUGGUGGCUUUCAAGGAUUUUCCUCAACCCUGUGAGGAACCUAUAUAUCCCAGUGUGCCUCUCCCAAUCAAUGCAUUGUCCUUCUGUUCAGGCAUUUUGGAUCAAAAGGGAGAAGCAUCUGCCAGAACCUCUCUCUGCAAAACCUAGGCAUGUCAGAGAUUAAAUGGCCAAGAAUAAUACUGUGGGAUUCAAUGAGACCCUGUCUGGCCUUGGGCUCCAAGGUCGAUAUAAGACCUUUGACGCUGCUGCAAAGCACCAUAACAAGCUUCUGUGCUUAGUAUUUCAUUUUUCAUCCUGUGAUAUCUCCCUUUCCUUUGCUAACAAUGCUGACUGAAAAACCCAAAUGUAGAAACAUGAUAGGAACAAGACAAUGAUAUCUGGGUUUGUGUGCUCCUUGUUUUUAGAAAACACUGUGACUUUUUGGCUGUGGUGGAGAUUAUGUUCACCAAAACAUUUGGUUGCCAAGCUGAAACUCAACGGGGUGGGCAGAACCUGAAGCAUGAAAAUUGGGACUGAGGUUAAAAGCUGACUCAAUGAUAAGAUUAAGGUAUACAUCUGACUGGGGUUGGGCCCUGAAGAUUCAGAUAAAACACAUAAAUAAAGAAAAAGCAAACAAAAAUACUAAUAAAACUGUAACUGUUGACGUGUGAAAUUUUCUGCUUACCAUAGCAGUAAUCCUUAUGUCCUAAAUCUCAAGUGAUGUAGAAGAUGGCAUGGCAGUGUCAACUCCAGGCUGUCAACAAUACCCAGGUUUUCUCUUGUGCCUCAAAUAUUGCUGCCUAAGUCACGCUGAUGGUUGCACUGACUUACUGGAAACAAAAUUGAUGAGAGGAACUAAAAUUAACUGUGUUCCCCUUUCAUCAGCCACGUUAAUAACUGACAUGAAUGGAGUUCUGCCUGGUCAUAAAAGUAAGAAAAUACAGCCCUGAAAUCAGCUGCAAGAGGAGGAGCCAUGGAAGGACAGUGUCUGGAAAGGAUUGCCCUGUAUCCCAGCCUGCCACUUCUCUCCUGAGCCACCAGGGCAUUUACUACACAAUGCUCAUGGAGCUGAAACCUGGAUACAUCUCACAUCGACAGGUGGAUAUAUACUACAAUGAAGACAUAAAAAAUAAUAAAGUAGUAGCCUGCUCACCUUUUGAGAGUUUAAAGCCUGGACAUAACAGUGUGCAUUCUUCAGCAUUAACAGUUUUGAGUGUAAAACAGGAACCAACGCUGCGGCUGGCAGCAGGACAGUGUAGCGAAGGGACCUUUGCUGGUGGAAGGAAGCAGAACUGCACCAUGAAGUCACCAGUGCAGGGAGUGAGAGACUCAGUGCCCCCUGUUUUGCCAGUCUUUUUGCGUUACCUGUGGCACGUGCCAUUUAACCUCCCAGUGCCUCGUCUCCUCCGUCUGGAAAGUGGGGACCAAUAACAUUUACCUACCUCAUGAGGUGCCGAGGGGCUUAACUUGCUUAACUAGCACGUGUGUGGGGCACGGUUAUGAUUUCCAAGCAGGUCAGUGGGAAUCCAAAGGUUACCAGUGAGUUCUGCAAAUGUGUCCUCUGAAUCAGUCUGGCUGGAAGAAAGCGGGUGUCAUCUCCCCCUCCUUACAAUGAUAUUAAGCCAGGUAACUCCCCUGCAUUAUAAUAGUAUUAAAGCAGAGAUAAAUGUAGCUCAACAGCCAAAAAGUGAGCACUGCCAAUGACUAAUACCUCCUGGCGUACAGAAAAAAAGAAAAAAAGUCUUAGUGCUUUAUUUUGCCAUUUGUUUUUAUUACAUCUCCUGUUCCCUUAGAAGUUAUGUGGCGACAAAGACAGUCCUUUAGAUCCUAUCAUCUCUGUACUAGUGCUGCCUGUAGUUUAAAUGCUAGCAAAUAAACAAAUUUUGGAGAGGC